CACUACUGCUGCAUUGUCGAUGUUCUUGGACGGGCUGGGCAGAUCGACAGCGCCAAGGAGCUCGUGGAAUUUAUGCCGUUUGAGCCGCAGGCCACGGAGCUGGGAUCGCUGCUAGCUGCAUCGAUUCAUAGAAAGGAAUCGAUUGGGGUUGCACGGCGCAUUGUGGAGCUCGAUCGAUGGAAUGCCGGAUCCUACACAGCGCUAGCCAGGUCCUGUAAGGCGCUAGGGUAAUGGAUCUUCUUGGUUCCAGGAAUUCCUUUGCCGAGCUCCUGCGUCACUGCAAAUCGCUGCGCGAGGCCAAGAGCGCACACGCCGAUGUUGCCAAGGCAGGGCUGGAUCGCAGCGACACAUUUCUGGGGAAUCUUGUUGUCCAGAUGUAUGCUCGUUGUGGCAGCUUGCAAGAAGCGCGCAAGGCGUUUGACAGGAUCAAGGAGCCAAACGUUUUCUCCUGGACUCUACUGAUCACAGCAUAUGCCCGGAACGGGCAAAUUGAAGAGGCUUCUUUCUUGUAUGACAGCGCCCCAGAGCCGGAUGUGAUCCUUUCCACCGCGAUGCUCACGGCCUUGGUGGAGAACAAUAAGCUCGACGAGGCCCGAAAGGUAUUCUCAAAAAUGCCUGAGAAGAAUGUGGUGUCUUGGAAUGCUAUGAUCUCUGGUUUUGUUCAAGCAGGGCUUUGCGAGGAGGCAUUUGGAGCUUUUCAGCAAAUGGAUCUCGAUGGGUUUUCUCCAAAUUCAGUGACUCUGGUGAGCAUUCUCAGUGGCUGUACGAGCUUAGCUCAAGGCAAGAUGAUUCAUGGUAGCAUUUGUUUCGAGGUUGAGACGAAAGCUAUCAACGCACUGAUAAGCAUGUAUGGCAGGUUUGCAAGCUUGGUUGAUGCUCGGAGUGUUUUUGAUGCUUUAGAAGAGAAGGACAUUGUUUCAUGGACUGGGAUGAUCUCCGCUUACGUGCACAACCAGGAAAAGAACCGGGCUAUGGAAACUUUCGCAAGAAUGGACCUAGAAGGCGUUAGUCCAAACCGGGUCACUCUGGUAAGCGUUCUCAAUUGCUGUAGCGCGCCUUCCAGCGUAACUUUCAUUCGUGCAGAGGCCGUGGCAGCCGGUUUUCAAGCUCAUAUCAGUCUGAACAAUGCGCUCAUCACUGCCUAUGCUAGAACCGGAUUGAUCAAAGUUUCUCGAGCCAUCUUUCUGGUUAUGCCGGAAAAGGAUACCAUCUCAUUCAACGCGAUGAUAAUCGCGUAUGCCCAGCAAGGGCAUGCCCGAGAAGCGCUGGAGCUGCCGUGGCUCAUGGAGAUGGAAGGCUUCUCCAGGGACCGGAUCACUUUCACCAACAUCUUCUUCGCCUGUGGCCACUCGGGGUUGCUGGAGAGAUGCUGGGAGGACCUUCUCGCAAUGCAGGCCGACUUCCAGUUGAAGCCUUUGCCGGAUCAUUACCAGUGCUUGAUGGAGCUCCUGGGAAAAGCUGGGAAGCUGGAAGAAGUCGAGGACUUGAUCGGCAGCAUGCCUUACGAGCCCGACUCGGUGGCGUGGAACUCUCUGCUGGGAGCUUGCAAGAUCCACAGUGACUCCAGCCGAGGAACACGAGCAACGCAGAGGUACGUGGAUUUAAGUCCAGGUCCUGGAUUCUCAAUAGCAAUCGAGGUAACGCAUGAAAUCUUCAAGUUUCCGGGAAUCCGGCUUCUCCAGGAGAUUUUGAGCUAGUUGGCUGGCUGGAAAGAAGAAAAUGCUGCGAUCCAACGGCAGUGAUGUGGACGCCCCGUCGGAUUCGACGUGGCACGCGGGAGGCCUUUCGCUCUGCUUUUCUAUCUGACACGUCGGACGCGUCCCAGGCCGCCUAUUCAUCGAUCGAAUACGAAUUGGCGUUUGUGAGUGCGCUAUCGUUUUCUA